AUGGCUGCUUCGAGCAAUUGUUCAUUAAUCGUAGCAUUUUUGUCCUUAUCAAGUAUCACCACAAGUCAUGCUGCUCGCGGUCUAUUGCAACUUCCUAAGUUCCCUAACAUACCAUCAUUGCCUCAGCCAACUAUGCCGCAAUUACCUACUAUUCCCAAAUUGCCCGCAACAUUGCCACCAUUGCCAAGUGUUGCAUCGUUGCCAACACUUCCAACAGCUAAUUCACCGUUACCAUCAUUGCCAACACUGCCCUCUGUAGUCCCGAAAAUGACUCUGCCUCCAAUGCCCGCGAAUCCUCUGCUCAACAUGCCUUCACUUCCAAACAUUCCUACACUUUCACCUCCUCCAUCCAACUAA